CAUGACACAAAAGAACAGGAAGGAUACAGAGAAAGUUUGAUUCUCUACAGAUUCUGAUCUUUUGCAAAACUUUGACACUUCUUUACUGGAGGUAACCUGCAUUCAGAUGUAGACAGAGAAGAAAGGAGUAAAGGCUUCACUGGGAGUUCAAUUUAGUGACAAAUACUACUGGUCUUUUUAAGUUAUUUUGAGAAUAUGGUUAAUUGGAUUUUGCUAUGUUAUUUUUCUUUUAUCCAAUGGCAAAAUGUGGAGGCUCAAUGGUGGUGGUGGUGGGGAGACACAACAACCACUAUAUCCCCACCAGGAAAUUUGCCAAAUUCAUCUAUUGAGAGCCUGGCUAGUACAGUUUUGUUUAGCAGGACAAACGAAGAGACUACCUUUACAGUUGCGACUAUCCUGGAGGCACACUCUGUUACUUCAGGCAGUGUUACAGCUACACCCCAGCAGGCAGAUGCACAAGUUUCACUUCCUAACACAAAAAUGUCAGGGACUCUGAGCCAGAUGAAGAAAAGAACACAGUCCCACAGAAAAACAGAACGAGGCAGCAGAGGACAUCUUGACCUCUUAGAAUUGAUUGGAGUACCUCUUCCUCCUUCAGUGUCUUUUAUUACUGGAUAUGAAGGGUUUCCAGCUUACAGUUUUGGGCCAGAUUCCAAUAUCGGCCGCCUCACACGAACAUUUAUUCCACAACCAUUUUUUCGAGACUUUGCUGUUAUAGCUACUUUAAAGCCUAACAGCAAUCAUGGAGGAGUUUUAUUUGCUAUAACUGAUGCCUUUCAGAAGAUUAUCUAUAUGGGACUCAGGCUGUCAUCAGUUGAAGAUAAUACACAGAGAAUAAUUAUAUACUACACAGAACCAGGUUCACAUAUUUCCAAAGAAGCAGCGUCAUUUAAAGUGCCAGUAAUGACAGACAAGUGGAAUCGUUUUACUGUGACCAUUGUCGGAUAUGAAAUAGUUCUGUACAUGGAUUGUGAAGAAUACCAUAGGGUUCCUUUCCAAAGGUCAGCAGAUCCACUGACUUUUGAAGCCAGCUCUGGGAUAUUUGUUGGAAAUGCUGGGGCAACAGGACUGGAAAAGUUCACUGGAUCUAUUCAACAAUUAACACUGAAACCAAACCCACGAGCAGCUGAGGAUCAGUGUGAAGAUGAUGACCCAUAUGCCUCUGGUGAAAGCAGUGGGGAUGAAAGCAUCAGGGAACAAAUUGGAAUAUCAGAAGCUCACGGAACUAUUCCACUGACUCCAGCUCCACUUAAAGCAAUAACUGGACCAGUAAAAGCACCUCCUACAGUUUCAAGCCAUGUUGAAGAGCUGGAUUACUCGGGUUCUGCUCAAGUGAUGGAACGAAUGAGUCAAGCCAAUGGCAUAAGCAAGAAGCAAGAGUCACGCAGCAAAGAAAAUGCUAGUGAAUUUGUUACAACAGAACCUUUGGGGAUAAAGUUCCUAACACCUGAUAUUGGUUCUGGAAAUGAGAGACUGUCACAAGAAGCCAAAGACCAGGGAGUAAAAGGUCAAAAAGGAGAACCUGGUAAACCAGGGACUGUGGGCCCACCAGGUCAACCAGGAAUACAGGUAUCAGGCAAUCAAACACUAGCAGGCCCUUCUGGACCACCUGGACCACCUGGAUUAGAUGGGAAAAAAGGUGACCCUGGAGUCCCUGGGAAAGAUGGAGUUCAGGGUGACAGAGGUGUUCCAGGAGUACAGGGUACCCCAGGAGCUAAAGGAGAAAAGGGUGAUCCCGGUUUUGGACUUCAAGGACCUCCUGGGCUUCCAGGACAACCUGGCCCACCAGGCCCCGCCAGCCCACGAAAACAAAUUGGAGAAGAUGACUCUGAAGGCUCAGCGAGUGGGGAUGUCAGAGGAUCUGGCCAAAAUUGCUUACCCGGACUGCCAGGGCCUGCUGGGCCACCAGGGCAACCAGGACUGCCAGGGAAGCCAGGUUCAGACUCGGGAAUUGAGGGUUUGCCAGGGAAGGAUGGCAAAGAUGGAGAUCAUGGAAUGCCUGGAUCACCGGGAUUGCCUGGAACACCUGGAGUGGAGGGGUUUAUUGGACUUCCUGGUCAGAAGGGAACAAAAGGUGAUCAAGGGACCAUAGGACCUGUUGGCCCCAAGGGUGACAUUGGUCUGCAAGGUCCCGCUGGUACAGAUGGCCUAAAUGGAGAACAGGGGCUUCCAGGAAGCAGAGGUCCACAAGGACCCCCUGGUCCACCAGGACCUCCAGGACCUGGAUAUGGUUUUGGAUUUGAGGAUAUGGAAGGAUCAGGAGAUUUAACUGCAUCAAGAGCUGCAGGAACCACAAGUACACAAGGUUUAAAAGGAGAAAAGGGGGAUUCAGGUCUUCCUGGUUUGCCUGGAAAAAAGGGUGAUCAAGGUCUACCUGGGAAACAAGGACAAGAAGGACGUGCUGGAAAUGUGGGGAAGAAAGGUGAAAAGGGUGAACAAGGUCUAAAGGGUGCGAGAGGACAAGAUGGUCAGAGUAUUGUCGGACCCCCUGGUCCCCCUGGGACACUGGUAACAUUGCAAGAUCUACUACUGAACGACACAGAGGGACUGUUAAAUAUGUCUGACAUUCUGCAACGAUCUGGACCACAAGGACCAAGAGGACCAAAAGGUGAUAUUGGCCUCCCUGGAUUCCAUGGAACUAAGGGUGAAAAGGGGGAACCAGGAGCCAUCAUAGCAGCUGAUGGCUCUUUGAUGAUGAAGUUGUCAGAAGUCCGAGGAGAAAAGGGAGAGCCCGGUAUGAUGGGGCCGUCUGGACCAGUGGGUCCAGUAGGACGACCAGGAACUAAAGGAGAAUUUGGCUUUCCGGGACGACCAGGAAGGCCUGGGCUAAAUGGAGUACGAGGAAAAAAGGGUGAACAGGGUAUCGCACUAAUAGGUCUUCGAGGACUGCCUGGCCCACCAGGCCCUCCUGGCCCUCCUGGACCUGUUUUGAACAUUAAAGAAAAUGUGUUUCCAGUCCCUACCAGACCUCACUGCAAAGUGCCUGUAGACACAACUGAAGGAGCAGCCAACAUAUGUGCUCUGAAAGGAGAAAAAGGCUCUUAUGGUCUGCCUGGUCCAAAAGGAGAAAGAGGAGCAGUUGGACCUCCUGGACCCCCAAGUUUUCCAGUGAGUUCCCAGUACUUGAACCAUUAUCUUAUCAAGGGGGAAAAGGGUGAAAAAGGUGAUUACAACAAUGGUUAUUUCAUGCAUGCUCCUCCUGGAACCCCGGGUAGACCAGGAGAACAGGGCCCAAAAGGAGAUUCUGUUGUUGGUCCCCAAGGUCCACCUGGACUGCCUGGACUUCCAGGACCUCCUGGGUAUGGUAUAAUGGGUCCACCUGGGCCACCCGGUCCACCAGGGCCACCUGGUCCUCCUUCAAUAUUUGGCUCAGCAGUUUCCAUCCCAGGCCCGCCAGGCCCACCUGGACAACCAGGAAUCCCAGCAUCUAGAAAUUUGGCAACAGCAAUACAAAACAUUGAGGACAUGCUGCAAAGAACACAUUUGGUACCUGAAGGCACCAUGAUUUACCUGAGUGAGAGCAGUGAGGUAUACGUUCGUGUCCGAGGCGGGUGGAGGAAAGUUCAGCUUGGGGACUUGAUUUCCCUUCCUGCUGAUAGCCCCCCACCACCAGCAAUCUCUGGGCAUGGAUACCAGUCUUACCCUGUUCUGACUCCAGGUAUUAAUACAGAUUAUGGGGUUCCAAACCUGCAUCUUGUGGCCUUGAACUCUCCAGUGGCUGGUGAUGUACGGGCUGAUUUACAGUGCUUCCAGCAGGCACGUGCUGUUGGUCUGACUACAACCUACAGAGCAUUCCUCUCUACUCAUCUGCAAGAUCUCCACAGUAUAGUCAAAAGGGCCGAUAGGAUCAGCUUCCCUAUUGUCAAUCUAAAGGGUGAAAUACUUUUUGAUAACUGGGAAUCCAUAUUUAGUGGCGAUGGAGGACGGUUCAAUGCUCAAAUUCCAAUCUAUUCUUUUGAUGGCAAAAAUGUUUUAACUGAUUCAACCUGGCCUCAAAAGAUAGUCUGGCACGGUUCAAGUCAGAGCGGUAUACGACUGAUUCAUAAUUACUGUGAGGCCUGGAGAACGGCCGAGAUGGCGGUCAGCGGACAGGCAUCUUUACUCCGGAGUGGAAAGCUGUUAGAUCAAAAAUCCUAUAGCUGCUCUAACAAAUUUGUUGUAUUGUGCAUUGAAAAUAGCCAUAACGUUGAUACAAGGAGAAAAUAACUGAAAAGGCAAACAAAAGUAAAACUAUUAUGUUAAGAAGAACACUGAAAUUUAUAAUGUAUAUAUUGAACUUUUUAACAUAUUGCACACUUUUAUAGCCAAAGAAAAUAUACCAGUGACGUGCGGUAGGGUGAGGCAGGUGAGGCAGAGCCUUUCCUGUCAUACAAACGUUUGUGACAGAGUUUUUUCUGUAUAAAGUAUAUGAAAAAUACAAGGAAUAUGUUUGAAAUAUCUUCUUUGCAUUAUUCUAAUCAUUUUUAUAGCCAAAACUGUGGAGUAAAAAGUCUAUGGCAGGUGCGGCAGUGCCUCACCUGCCUAAUCUUUCCGCACAUCUCUGAUCAAAACUCACCAAAUUUUCAGGAGUUUAUACUGCUGCACAUGUGAAUAAUGCUCAUAUAUUUCGUGUAAAUCUGGCUCUGGUGCAAGCCAGUGCCUCCUGAGCAAUUUAGCUCACCGCACGUCCCUGUAAUAUACCUCAUGUAACGCAUACAGAAUUGUGGUGAAACAUAUAUUACAGUCUGUAUUUUGGUGCUACAUUUAUUAAAGAUUUGGUUGAUAACAAAUCUGGUAUAGAUAUGGGCUGGAUAAGGUAUAGAGCCCGAUACACUGCAAUUUGUUUCCUAGGUAUUCAAGUCAUCAUCUUUUUGAAGUUGACGUUUUCUUCUUCUAGAAAAUGAAUAAUUGAUUGUACAUUAAAAACACACAAAAAAAGUGAAAUGUCAUUUUAAGUCCCUAUUGUACUCUUGUAAUCACCGGUCAAAUGUCUGAGCUCCAGUAGAGCUAAUGUCUGAACUCCAGUAGACCUCUCAGGACAUAAAUGAAAAAAAAUACCAAUUUGCCUGCAGUUCACAAUUACAACAGAGGGUUUGAUAACUAUGUUUUUGAGCAUGUACUAGGUUGCAUUGCUGCUUAUUUGGCAUAUAAUAAUAAAAUAAGGAACAGCAAGGUAAACAUGCAAUUCCUAAAAUAUUGAUAACAGUAGCAGCAACAUUAACACGCUGAUGCAGAGAUUGGUAUUUUAAUUUAAAUUGGGUAGCCUUAAAAGUUAGUAUAAUUGUCAGGCAAAAUAGUUAUGUCUUUCAUUUUUAGUCCUUUAAUUAGUCAAUGUCACCUUGAAAUUCUUGCUCAAGUGACGCAUACUGCACUACAAAAUGUAUUAGCAUUAAAAAAGAAAGUCAUAGCCAUGGUCUGAUAUUAUGCUAGUAUACUUUAAUUAAGAUUAAUCACUAGUGUUUUCAUGUAUAUAAUACAACAGAGUAGGGUUGUUAUUAUUAUUAUUUAAAAAAAAUGUUCUCCUCUUAAAUGAUAAACUUGGCCAUACUAGAUGUCUAUAGUUCCACCUCCCGUCUCGUAUGUUACCAGUCCUGGCACUUGAGACCUGGAAAGACGUGGAGGAUGCACUGUUGGUGAAACAGAGUGUUGCAAAGUUUAGCAUAUGGUUUUCUUGGGUAAACAAUGGAGGGGGAAGCCUCAAAGAGGCAGACAUGAAGCCAGUAGUAGAAAGCAAGGAACAAAAUUGGAAGGUGACGUGUUAAUGCAUUUAUAAACAUGAUGUAAGUGUACUUUUCCAUGUUCUUAUGACCAUGGUAGGCACACUACAAUUUAGGUAGUUGUAUUAGCCAGUUUGUCUGUUUUUUUCUAUUUUUACUAACUAUUUUGGAUCCUUAACUAAACAGGACAGGCUGGAUUUAACUAGAACAGGAGGUAUAGAAUAUAUUUGUUAAAAAUAAAGUGUUUAAAAAUAGUGCAAACUUUUAAAAAGUUGCGUAUUAUGUGCAAUGCCGCACAAAGUGUUGCACCUUAUGUAUGUCCGUAAGUAUUUAUUUUCCACUUUCUUUGCAUUUCAUACAUGUGCCGCAGUAUUAUGUUUCAUUUCACUUUUCCCUCAGAAUUUGCUAACUCCUGUAUCUUUUUUUCUGGUUGCUAUUGAUAUAAAGCAUAUGAAGUUUAUAGAAUUCUAAAGAAGAAAUAUAUGUCAAGAUGAACAGGGUUACACUAUAUAUGUAUGUAAGUGUGCACUGAAAUUUUUUUUAUUUUAGUUACAAUUGGUAACAAGUAUUUGCAUCAGUUUAUAACUCACUAAUUUAUAAAGUAUUCAUAGAUUACCUUCCUAAUAGACAGUUAAUGUCAGUACAAUACACAUUCCAGUCUACAUGAAACGUUCCAACGCAAAUAAAAAUUUUCACCAAAGAUUGUAUGUAUGAGCUAUCUUAAUGUAAAUGUCAAUUCUUGUUUUAAUUAAAAUACAACUUGUUUACAUGGUUUUCAAA